GGGGCCCCACCUCUCCGCCCGCCACCGCUCCUCUGCACCUGGGCGGUCGGGCCGCGGGGACACGGCCGCGCAGCGAGACCGCGCCCCCCGGUCGCCCGCCGCGCCGGCCCCCGCGGGUCGGCUCCGGCCCCGGUGCGCACCGACGGACGUGCCCGGUGGGAGCUUCCCGCCCGCGCUGGCCGCGCAGCAGUGACCGGACGUGCAGCUCUGGGAUGUGCACGUGAGGAUGGACAGCAAGGACCUUGAAGCCGAAAUCCACCCCUUGAAGAACGAAGACAAGAAACUGCCGGCGAACGUGGGGAACCCGGCGAAGACGGAGGAGAGCUCGAAAGGCUCGCCUCGGCAGCCCCACCUGUCCCGCUGCCGCACGGUGGCCUUCUUCCUUUCCCUGUUUGUCUGCCUUUUUGUCGUGUUCGUGGUCUCCUUCAUCAUCCCAUGUCCGGACCGGCCUGCAUCCCAGGGGGUGUGGAGGGUCAACUACAAUGCAGCAGUCACCUAUGACUUUCUGGCUACAGAAGACAUCAACAGGGACAGGAUCCAGGAUGUUCUCUUUCUUUACAAAAACAGCAAUGGCUCCAACAAUUUCAACUUGUCCUGCACCGAUGAAGGCUUUUCCUCCCCCUGUACCUUUGUGGCCGCCGUGUCCGGGGCCAACGGCAGCGUGCUGUGGGAGAGGCCCGCGGCCCAGGAUGGAGCCCUCGUGCAGUGCUCUGUCCCCCAGCUGCAGGGUGGCCGGACGUCCUCUGCCUGCGUCCUCGUGGGCAGACCCGGCUCCUUCAUCGCUGUGGACUUGUUCACAGGGGAGACCCUGUGGAGCCACCCCAGCAGCUUUGGAAGGAACACGUCCGUCCUGAGCUCUUUACUCCAGCUGCCCGACAUGGACGCGGACGGGGCCCCGGACCUGCUGGUUCUCACCCAGGAGGAGAAAGAGGUUGGUGGCUACAUCUACUCAGGCAGCACCGGACGCCAGAUUGGCCACCGCGGCAGCCUUGGUGUGGGUGGGACCACAGACUCCCUCAUCCAUGUCACCCGGGCCGGUGCCCCCUACAUCCUUUUCCCUUGCGCAGCGAGCUCCCUCUGCAGCUGCUCUGUGAAGGGUCUUCACGAGACGGCCACUGGGAGCGGGAGCCCACUGAAGAGAGAUCUGCGCUGGGAGGGCGCGCUGAACGCCAGCACCCCCGGGCCGGUGUGGCGCAGCCCCGGAGCCCUCCGCUAUCUGAUGAACGUUCCAGGGAAGGCUGGUGAGGACCUCCUCCUCGUGGGUGCCGAGGCCUGUGUGCUGGCCGACGGGCAGGACCUGACGCCCAGGUGGACCUUCCGCGUAGCCCAGGUCUUCAGAAAACCCAUCCUUGGCCACUACAAACCUGACACCUUGACUGUGGUCGUCGAGAACGGAACCGGCGUGGACAGACAGAUCCUGUUCCUGGACCUCAGUACCGGGGCUGUCCUGUGGAACCAGGCCCUCCCAAGCCUCUCCGGUUAUCCGCAGUCCGCCAGCCUGCCAACCGCAGACCACCGCUCCGCCUUCUUCUUCUGGGGCCUCCACGACCUGGCGGGCACCAACCAGGCAGAGCCCGGAGACACCCAGCACAGCCUGUACAUGUUCCAUCCGACCCUACCUGGCGUCCUGCUGGAGCUGGCCAACAUCUCUGCCAACAUCAUGGCCUUCCAAGCCGUCCUGUUCGAGCCAAGCCGCCAUGCCGCCUGCGUCCUGCUGACGGGCCCGGCGAGCCCAGACACGCCUGGCACGGUCUCCGUGGUCAAGCACAAGGUGCGGGACCUGGUCCAGAGCAGCAGGGUGGUUCGGCUGGCUGAGGGCGGGCCCGACAGUGACCAGGCUGUCCGGGACCGGUUCGCCCGCCUGCGGUACCGGAGUGAGGCCUAAAGGCCUGUGGGCCACAUGCGUGGAGGGGCUGCCACCAUGGGACGUUGGGUCUGUCACUUGGUUGCACUGACUCCCCUACUCCUGACCCCGGGGUUCCUGUCCUACACAGGGACGUGUAUGGGUGAGUGGAUGCCCAGGCCUCUCCCCUCUCCUGUGCAGCACAUCCCCACAGGCCCUCACUCUGCCCCACUGGAGUCACACUCAAGGCCACUUGUCCUCAUCGCAGUGUUCCUGGGCCCUAUGGCACCAGCCUCACCACAUCCACACCUAGCGGGAGGGACUGUGGCUUUGGGAAGAGAGCCCCGUCCUGAGAAGUCUCCUUGCUCGUUCCUGUCUGCACAUCCCCCAGGGCCUGCGAGGGUGGCUGGCCUGGGGUGGCCUCGGGGCAGCAGCUGGAGCUCCUGGCCUGUCCCAGAGCAACGGAGGCGGGGGGGGGGGAUGCCGUACUGGGCAGCGGACGCUUGCCCUGGGGUUCCCCUUUGAGACCCAUGAGGAGGGGGGCUGCCGUGCAGCUGUGAGGUUGUCCUGCUGCUCACAGGUGCCCCUAGGGCGUCUCCGUCCUGUGUUGGCUGCGAGCGCUGUUCUGAGGAACUGGGCGGAGGGCGCACUCGGGGUCUGCGCGCACCCCGUCCGUACACACUGGAGCUGCUUAUCCCGCGGGGGUCCCCACACCCCCGGCCUGUGCCUGGCCUUCUCCUGGUGCUCAGACGCCCAGCAGUCGGUGUCCCCUGACGCAGGACUCACCUUUGUGCCUUGCUGUGGUGCUCUGUGUGUCUCACUGUGCCCUGACGACCCCGGAACCGCAGGAGGAAACCAGAAUAAACGGUUUGCACUGUCUGAAA